CCUGCUCCCCUUCCUGGCCACUCCAUUCGAAUCCUCCCCGCUCACGGAGCUGCCACCAAUGGCGCUCCCUCCUCCCUUGCUCCCGCGCUCUUCCUGUAUUUGCAGAGGCGUCACCAAUGUCACCCCAUACAAAUCCGUGGAAAACAUACCGGAUGCCUCCACCGCCCCCUCCGCCACAGCGCAGCACUCGCUGCUUCGCGCCCAUACGCGCGCCGGCCGAAUGCAGCCCGCGCGGCAGGUGUUCGAGGCAAUGCCGCCGCGGGACAGGUCCCUCGUCGCUUGGACUGCUAUCAUGUCCGGGUACGCCACCCACGGUCCCGCCUCCGAGGCGCUGGUCCUGAGGCCGGACGGGUUCGUCUUCUCAGUCGUGCUGCGCGCCUGCGCGGCAGUCGGGAACCUCAGAUUUGGAAGGCAGGUCCACUGCGCCGCUGCGAAGAUGGGCUACGUAGAUUCUGACCUCUUUGUGGCAAACGGCCUCCUUACCAUGUACGCGAGCUGCCGGUCGCUGGGUUGCACUGAGAAGGUGUUCGAUGGCAUUGCCGCACCUGAUUUGGUUUCUUGGACCUCCAUGCUCAGCGGCUACACUGAGAAUGGCUGCCAUACCGAGGCGCUAAUGUUGUUCGUGGAAAUGAUCCAUGCCAGUAUUGGAUGUGACGCGUUCACUCUGUCAAUUGCACUCAGGGCAGCUUCUAGUUUGGCCAAUCGAAGUUUGGGACACCAGCUGCAUUGCUGCAUCAUCAAGUCAGGAUUCUCUAAAAGCGGCUUCUUGGAGAACUGCCUGAUCGAGUUCUAUGGGAGGUCCAGGGAACUACAGCUGAUGCAGAAGGUGUUUGAUGAUAUGCAUGACAAGGAUUUGGUUUCUUCCAAUAGCAUCAUCCAGUGCUAUGCAGAUAAUAUGUGUGAUGAUCAGGCUUUGUCUCACUUCCGUGCUAUGAUGUUUGAAUGCUCGGAAUGCGAUGAGUUUACAUUGGGUAGCAUUUUGCAUGUUGUCACCAGAAGAGGAGCUUUUGGUUAUGGAAGGGAAAUACAUGGCUACCUCAUUAGAGCAGGUCUAGACUCAGAUAAGCAUGUUAUGAGUGCUCUGAUGGAUAUGUAUGUCAAUUGGGCUACUCUUCAUAAGGGACAAUGUAUGCUACCUUUGAGAAUGCUAAGAUACUAUUUGCUGGUCCAGGGAAAGCUGGAUCACUUUAUUGUGGCCACUAGUUUGAGGUUGUGCGCUUUUGAUCAAGAUUUAGCAACAGGAAGGAUGUUACACGCCUAUGUUUCGAAGUUCAACAUGAAUUCAGAUCCCUUUGUCACUAGUUCACUGGUCGACAUGUAUGCUAAAUGCGGUUCUGUGGAUGAAUCACAUGUUCUCUUUUCAAGAACCAAGGAUCCAGGGACAGCAGCAUGGACUGCGGUAAUCUCAGGCAACUGCUUGAAUGGUCAAUUUGAAAGAGCAAUGCAUUUGUUCAGGAGGAUGCAGUUGGAGCAUGUGCAACCUAACGAGUUCACUUAUACCUCUGUACUUACAGCAUGUGUGGCUCUUGGGGAUGUCGUAGGUGGCAUGGAGAUCCAGGGCAACUCCAUCAGAACUGGUUAUGGAACCAAUGCUUCUGUUGUGAAAAGUCUUAUAAGCUUUUACUUAAGAGAAGGGCAGUUCAAGCAGGCUCUUAAGCUGUGCUUAUCACUCUCAAACCGUGAGAUUUCUUGGGAAGCACUGAUUAAAGAUUUUGCUCAAGGUGAUGAUCACGUUGGAGUACUUAAUCUUUUGUGUGUUAUCCAACGUUCUGGUGGGGUUCUUGAUUAUCCAACUGCAUUACACAUCUUGAAUUCUUGUGGAAAAUUGGAGCUCCUUCGUGAAGGGCUUCAAGCACAUGCCUACCUUACAAAGCGUGGCCUUGCUUCGGAACCAUGCAUCAGCAAUCAGCUUAUUGACAUGUACUCCAAUUGCGGCAGUCUCAAAAAUGCAUUGGAUGCCUUCAGAUAUAUGUCUGACAAGAGUGCAUCUACUUGGACCACAAUAAUCAUAGCUCAUCUAGAAAAUGGUUGUCCAGAGACAGCCAUUGACUUGUUUGUGCAGAUGUUAAGAAGAGAGAAAAUACCAACUUCGAUUGCAUUCUUAUCUGUGCUGAAGGCCUGUGCAGAAAUCGGCCUUGUAAGUGAAGCCUUCCAGUUCUUUGUGUCCAUGACCGAGGUUUACAAAAUAGAACCUUCAGAAGGUCAUUACUCGCAUAUGAUUGAGGUUUUGGGUCAUUCUGGUAUGUUCAAGGAAGCAGAGCAUUUCAUUGAUAGUGUGGUCCCUUUGGAAUCUAGUGCUUCAGCCUGGAUUUUACUUUGUUCUGCUGCCAAACAAAAUGGAAACACCAAAAUCGUGAAGCUUGCAAUGGACAAACUCGCAAGCCUUGCUCCAUGUGAUUGUCGAGCAAAUGCUUCACUGGGAAAUGUCAUCCCCAUCACUGACUAGUUAAUCAGGCGGCACGAGUGUAAUGAGUGACAGAGUGAGUGCCCCUCCUGGUUUAUCCAAAGGGAAGUAUGCCUUAACUUGUCAGAUUGUAGGUUGCGCGGAGUGCACAGUGGCAUAUGAAGUGGACAUUAUGAAUUUAGAACUGUAAACUGCUGUAUAUUUGUAUACUAGCUAAUAUGUUGUGCAGUUUCCACAAAUGUAGAUAAUUUCCAUUGUGUUAUACCCAAUUUCAAAUGUAUGCCGUUCUUUGCGUGUUU